AUGCCAGGCACCUUAACUAUUACACCAUCGCGCAGUCCAAAAUUGUAUACAUUUGUAAAAAGCUUCAUGGGGCUUGGAAGGGCUCGAGUUCUCCCAAUAUUUAGUCCCUCAAUUCUUGAGAUUUGUUUACCGUCAUUUAAUGACUUUUGGCAUGAAGUAACUUUGAAAGCUGCCAAAAAAUAUACAAGCACCAUCAUUGAUGUGUCCCAGAAAAUGAUGGACGAAGGCGUACAACCUUAUAAACCUGCUGAUCGAAAGAAGUAUUUCAAAAGAUUUUACAUUCAAAUCGUGGAUGCCGCACUUGAAUAUCUGAAAACAAGAUUCAAGUCUGAAGGAUUUCUUAUUGCACAAAACAUUGAAAACUCAGUUCUAAGUACUUUAAAUCUGCAGGAUCAGGGUUUAAAUGUUUCAAAGCUUUUAGAAUAUUACGGAAAUGAUACAAAUAAAGAUCGUCUUAUUCUACAUCUGAAAAUGUUUCGAGACCUCAUCUCCCAUGAUUGUAGUAAUUCAAAAAAGGAAAUCCAAAGCAUGCAAGAUGUUAUUGAUCUGAUAAAAUGCAAAUCUAGGCAGAAAAUAGAGAAGUUUCUCAGCCUUAAGCAGUCUAAAAACGUAUCUGCAAUCCACAAUGGGACAGGGGAGGCUGAACCAUGUAGAACGAUACUGCAUUACUACAGAAACUCAACCGAGUCAAUUGACAUUAAACAAUUAUGCAAUGAUUUUUUAAACGAAAUGAUUUACGAUUAA